AUGGAGGCAAGUGUCAGCGUGCCGCGUCAAGUAAAAGAGGAGCCAGAAUGGCACAGCGCGGAAGACGAGGUGUCUCCGAGUGUAAUACUGUUACCAGAACAUAUGCGAGUGAAGGUGGAGGUGGAGUUUGAAGAGCCCCCGCCGGAGCCCCCGGGCUCCAUGAGCGCCGCGCUGCAGCCCCCGCCGCCGCUUGCUGCUUUAAGUGACACGUUAACGACGCAGAAUCCGCAACACCUACCCGCUUUCCUCGCCUCCAUGCCGUGUCCUCCUCUCGUGCCGCUUAGCAAGCCCCGCUCCGCGCCGCAACCACAAGCGGGCCACACCGGAGCGACGGAUAAACAACACACGGGCGACACAAAUAAUUACGUCUGUGACGCAUGCGGGAAAACGUAUCAACAGAAAUACCUACUAAUCCGACAUCUUCAACUGCACCUCAAAUCUAAAAUAGAUAUAAAAAUAAAUAGAAAAAAAUACGACUGCGGUACUUGUGGACUACAAUUCUUAAACGAAUCCGAACUACAGAGGCAUAAGUUAAGCGAGGGUCACACUGGACUCAGGAAAUACCCGUGCGACGUCUGCAAAAGAGAAUUUUCAUGCGCAAACGCCUUAAACUUACAUAAAAUGAUCCAUAGCGGAGAGAAACCUUUCCCCUGCGGAAUAUGCGAAAAGCGGUUCAGACAACAGAAUGAAUUGGACAAACAUGUUAUGAGAAUGCAUACUAAUGACCGGCCGUAUAAGUGUGAAGCGUGUGAAAAGCUAUUUAAAACUGUAGCUGAUUUACGUCUACAUAUAAAGUUUCACACUGGCGAGAAACCAUUUGCAUGCGAUAUAUGUCAAAAAAGAUUUUAUGCUUCCGACUCUAUGACUAAUCAUAGACGGCUCCACACUGGAGAGAAGCCAUACAAAUGUGAAACUUGUGGAAUGCAGUUCACGAAUAAAAGCGGUUUAACCACACACAUACGAACCCACACCGGUGAAAAACCAUACUCAUGCGAUGUAUGUGGAAGAAAGUUUUCACAAAGAAAUAUAUUAGUGACUCAUAGAAGAACUCAUACUGGUGAAAAAUUUUCAUGUGAUGUAUGUGAUAAACAGUUUACACGUACUUCUAAAUUGAAGGUACAUAAACAGAAACAUGUGAACGAAAACUAGAAUAUAUGUUCACUAUUAUUAUUCGUUUUUUUAGCAUUAGAUAUAAAGCCCGCUCCA